UGCCGCCCGCCUUUGCCUUCGCCUUGCUUGCUGCGUCUCCUUCACAACCAUUAUAUUGCAUGGUGGCUAUAUACAUUCUAGCUUGUUGAUCAUUAAUUAAUUAGAUAUAGCUAGGUAGGUAUAUAAUCCAUGGGAGGGAGGGAGCAUCUCGAUCGCAUAUGCAGCUGCUAGCUAGGUAGAAUUAAUUCAUGAAGAAGAGACGGUGAACGGCGGGCGGUAGAUCGAUCAAGCAUGGAUGAUGACGACGAUACUAGUUUCAAUAAUUCUCUUGAUCUCUACUGCGAUGAGGACCCUUUCGACUCUACGCCCCCCCCGCCGCCGCCACCGCCGGAGCAGCAGCAACAAGCUGGGACGACGACGCCAGAUGAUAUUGAUGAUGAGGUGAUGGAGUACUACAAGGCGAAGCAGAGGUGUUACGCUCUUCAGAUCAGAGAUUACUGCUGCUACCUGCAAUGCCAUCAUCUUCUUCUUCAGCAGCAGCAGCAUGGUGUGGCGGCCGCCAGGCUCAAAGCCGUACGUUACAUCAUCUAUGCAAUGGGAAGGCUGGGACUGGAGGCCGCGACGGCGUUCAACGCAGCCAACUAUCUGGAUCGCUUCCUCUCCAUCAAUUGCCAUUUGAAGUGGGAGGAGUGGAUGGUGGAAGUGGUGAGCGUGGGGUGCCUGUCCCUCGCCUGCAAGCUCGACGAAGUCACCAUCCCCUCGCUCCACGACCUUCAGAUGGAGGAGGCGAUGGGGCACUCGUUCCGGGCGUCCACCAUCCGGGACAUGGAGCUCACGCUGCUCAAGGCUCUCCGCUGGCGCCUCGCCUGCGUCACCCCUUUCUCCUUCCUCCCCGUUACUACUACUACUACAACUACUAGGGCCCUCCUCCUCCGCUCCCUCUUGGAUCCCUCCUUUCUCCGCUUUGAUGCCUCGCUGCUUGCUGCCUCUGCUCUUACUUUAUCCUCUACUACACCACAACACCCCAAUCAUCUCCUCCUCAACCGCCUCAUUCAUCCUUUCUCCCAGACGGACCAUGAGGUGAAGGAAUGCUUCAACAUGAUGAAAGCACUUCACUUGGAUAUGUCCAAAAAUCCUGGCAGGUCUAGUGACCAUCCGUGCUGGAGCCCGAUUUCAGUAGUAAUUCCCUUCCACACUGACGGUACAGUUAAGAGAUCAGCAAUAAGCCGAUGUCUAUUUGGCAGCGGCAGAUUAAAAGCCAGAUCAAUUUGACGAUGAUACGUACUAAUACAGAGGAAGAUAAGGAUAGUGGAGUAUGCACAUGUAUUCAGGAGACGAAAUGAUCUCACAAGUCACAAUGAAAGUGAACUAGCCACUGAAAGCAUUAACUUGGGAUAAGGAGAUUAACAUUAUUCGUUUACUGUAGCUAAUCAGACAAAUUGAUGUACGUAUUUUGUGUAUUUUAUAUUCGUUCUGUAAUAUCGGUCCUCGCUAAAAAGCACGCCCAUGUAUUUGUGUUGUGCGUGCUGCUCAAUUAUUUCAAGUUUAAACAGUCUGUGUGCAGCAUAUUUCAAAUAUAAAAUUGUAAUACUGUUGAGCAUAAUGUAUAUCAACAAGAAGAAGCGAUAUAUGUGAC